AAAUGAGACAAACCCAGACGGGAACAUAAGGCUGAACCCUAAAAACAGAGCCGUUCCUUCCUUCCUCGCUCCCCACCCAACCCAGAAUCAAGAACCCUAUUUUUAUUUUAUUUCUUAAUAAUUGUUUUGGAUAAGAACGUUUUCUGAUUCUGAAUCUUUAUUUGUUUGGACAUUAUUCUGUUUCGCUGUUUUCAGGAAAAGGAGAUAUUAAAAUUCAGCGCUUUCGUUUCGGUUCGAUGUCCUUCUCUGUUUCUUCUUCUCUGCUUCCUCUUCUCAAAUUAGGGUUUUGAUUUCGAAGUCUCUCUCGAUUCUCCGCGAAUUAUCAUCAUCGUUAAGGAAGGUGAUUUGUGGUUUUGAUUUUGGAUAUAAUGUUGACGUCAAGAGUUCUCGACAAUCGGCCCAUUCAUCAGUGGAAGGUUACGGAGCUGAGAGAGGAGCUGAAGAGAAGGAGGUUAACUACCAAAGGUUUGAAGGAUGAUUUAAUCAGGCGUUUGGAUGAAGCCCUUCAGGCUGAGGCGGAUGAGGCUGAGGCUGAGGCUGAAAAUGCUCGUGCUGAGGAUGCUGAGGCUUCUGAGAAGGACGAUGCUGAAAGGAAGGGUGCUGAUCCUCCUGAUGCUGAAAGGGAGGGAGCUGUGGCAUCUGAGAAGGACGAGGCCAAUGGGGUUGACGGGGAUGUAGCUGGUGUGAAAGAUUCCCAGACAGUAACUGUUGAUGCUGAAGCAGCGGAUGUGAAUGAAAAGGAAAGGGCUCAAACAAUUGAAACUUCUGAAAAGGUGACUAGUGUUGAAGUUGAGACAAUUGAAACAGAAAAUGCAGAGAAGAUUCCUCCUGAGGUUGUGGAUUAUGACAGCAAUAAGAAUGACAAGCAGGAUGGUGUUACCAUACCAAUUGACAUCAAUAAUAGUGUGUCAACAAUGGAUCAAGAAAUUGAAUACUCGCGGUUGCCAGCUGGUGCAGAUUCUGCAAACGCGGGAGAGGAUGUUAUUGUCCAUUCUUCUACCUUGGAGACCACUGUUACAGUCACUGAGACUGUAUUAACAGAAGUAGUAGUCAGUGGUCAGGAUUCUGACAGGGUAUACAAGAAUAAUGAGGAUUCUGGAAUCAAGCUGGAUAAUGAGCAGUCAAAGGUGCAGCUGGAUAGUGAGGACUCAAAGCCCCAACUGCAGUGUGACACAAAGGCCCUUUGCGAGGAUCUCAUGCCCGACUCUUCUAUUCCGGAAAACCAGGUAUCUGAGGUCAACCCUAGUUUAGGGUCUCAAGUAAAAUCUGAUUCUAUUUCUACUGAUUCUGUGUCAAUUAAUCAAAAGAAUGAACUAAAGGAUACUAUAAUUGCUGAUAAUGUCAAAUUAGAACAAGAUUUUGUUAGGCCGGAGUUGGUGCAAGAACCAUCAUCCAGAAAUGAUGAACCUGUUUAUGAUGAAUCAAAUUCAAUGGAUGUUGGAGGGCUGCAUGAGAAAAAGGCAUCUGUUGAAGAAAAUACCAAUAAUAUUACAAGUCCAGACUUCAACAAGACCAUUAACAGUGAUGAUGCGGGGUAUCCCGAAAAGUUGAACUUGGAUAGAAGUUCUGGUGAUGAUUCCAUGGAAGAGGAUGUGCCUGAGACUAAGCAAUUUGAUUCUAAGUUUAAUGUUGAUGAACUUAGUCUUAGAGACAAAGGGGAGAAUAUUGAAGUAUCUAUUGUGAAGGAGGAAAAUAAUACUGUAGUUGUGGGAGAUGGUCUAUCUGCAGGGAAAAGUGAUACAAAUCUUGACAUUGACAUGAGUCCUGUUGCCUUGGCUGAUAAACGGAAAUAUGCUGAACAAGCAUCUGUUGGGAACAAUGAGCCUGCGAAAAGGCAACGCAGGUGGAGUACUGAAACACGUAAAGGAGCAGAUCUGCAAAGCACUACUCCCAGACCUCCUACUACACCCAAGGAUGAGCCAGUUGCGCCGAAACGCAACUUCCCCAGGUCUGAUUCCUUUGCUGCUGCUGAUGCUCCUAAAGAACGCAUUGUUCCACCAUCACAAAGGACCCCAACUAAUUCCCUCAGGAUUGAUCGUUUCCUCCGACCAUUUACCCUAAAAGCAGUGCAAGAACUUCUUGGCAAGACUGGGAAAGUUAGCAGUUUCUGGAUGGACCAAAUAAAGACCCAUUGCUAUGUUACUUACUCGUCCAUUGAAGAAGCCACUGAAACACGGAAUGCCGUGUAUAAUUUGCAAUGGCCUCCAAAUGGUGGACGCCUCUUAAUUGCUGAGUAUGUUGAUCCUGAAGAUGUGAAAAUGAAGUUAGAAGCUCCUCCUCCUCCUCCUCCUCAGGCCGCCUCUGUCAGUGUUCCAACAGUUGCUCCUGCACCAUCUUCCUCACAGCCAGAGCCUUCCCCUCGUCAGCAAAGGGAGCAGCAUCCAAUUCCAGUUGCUCUUCCACCUCCACCACCAUUGUCAAGGGCCCCGCCAGUAGCAAGGGAACGGCUGCCAUCCCCACCUCCCCUACCUGAGAAAGUGGACCCACCUAUUGUCACUCUGGAUGAUCUCUUCCGCAAAACCACAGCAACUCCUCGGAUCUACUAUUUACCUUUGUCUGAAGAGCAAGUUGCCGCCAAACUUGCAGCACAGGGAAAAAGCACAAGGCAGUAGGAGACUACCCUUCUAUUCAUCCUUGGCAGCUUUUACUGAUUUUCUUAUUUUUGGCCAUCAUGCUAGUUAGUGUUAUGGAAGCAUUUUGAAUACAUCUUGGCAGGUCUGCUGAUGCUCAGUAAGAAAUUGUCAUUUCCAUCGCAUGCAUCUUGAGACUUAAAUUACAUUAGUGUUCGAACGUCGUUUAAUUAAGAGCUACUUGGAUUCUUAGA